AUGGCAACCCGCAAAAGCGCGCGCAUUGCGCUCAGGUCAUCCAUAACCUAUCAGGACGGCUCAACUGAGCAGCAGGAUGAGCUCGGCUCCGAUCCAUGGAGUACGCCCUCACGCGAGAUGAGCGACGACACCGCCGACGAUGAGACGCGCCCAACCAAACUGCGGAAAACGGCCACCACAUCGGCAAAGUCAAAGUCUACGCCAGCAUCGCGACCGCGCCAAAUCCCCCCAACUACCACGGCACCGCUCCCGAAAGAACAUCUCGCAGCCCCAUUUCGCAACCAUCCCCAAUCUUAUCAUCAAGACCCACUCAUUCACCCAACUCUCCUCACCUCCCGCACAACUCGCGACGCCCUCCUCACCUGGUUCACAUCCGCCCUCUCCAACCGCUCCAUGCCCUGGCGGAAGCCAUUUCUCCCCGCGCCUUCGACAUCAAAGGUCUCUGCGUCCUUUCGUACCGCCCUUGCCAAACGCGCCUACGAGGUCUGGAUUUCAGAAGUCAUGCUCCAACAGACCCGCGUGGCAACCGUCGUCGACUACUGGACGCGUUGGAUGGCGCGGUGGCCUACUAUUCAGGAUUUAGCCCAAGCGACUGAAGAGGAAGUAUUGGCGCAGUGGCGGGGCUUGGGGUACUAUGCGCGGGCGAGGCGGGUAUGGGAGGCCGCGCGGUGGGUCUGUAAGCAGGACGAAGAAGGUGACGGAGAGGGGCUGAUGCCUUGUGAUGUCGAAGGACUGAUGCGUGUGCCUGGAGUUGGGCGGUACACGGCGGGCGCGAUUGCAGCGAUCGUGUUCGGGGUGGCUGCCCCCAUGGUGGAUGGGAAUGUGUUGAGGGUGCUGAGUCGGCAGUUGGGCGUGCUUGGGGACGUGAAGGGCGACAAAAAGGUGAUCCAGUUGAUCUGGGAUGUGGCGGAUCAGUUGGCGAAGAAUGUUGCGGCGGAUGGCGGUGAUGAGGAAGCGAGCGAUCGACCGGGACGCUGGGGGCAAGCGUUGAUGGAAUUGGGGAGUACCGUUUGCACCCCCAAGCCAAAUUGCGCGGCGUGUCCAAUCACUGAAACAUGUCGUGCAUAUGCGGAAGGGUUGGCUCUGGCCGAGAAACGCCCACUGGCUGGCAUGGUGGGCGAUAUUGAGGAUCUUUGUACCCUCUGUGCUCCGCUCGAAGAAGCGGCAGAGGAGGCAGACGCCGCAGCUGUGGAAGAGCCAAGAACUACUCGAGGCGAUUCCAAACUAUCUCGAUUCUUCGCACCGACAGGCUCCGCAAAAGAAACCGGGCCCGAACCUUCUAAGCCGGACCCUCAGACACUGGGCAUCAUCGUCAACCACGCUCGGAAGUUCCCUCUCAAGAAGCCUAAGAAGGAGAUUCGGGAGGAAGAGACGGUAGUUUGUGCUAUUCGCCGCCCUUCUGACGGGCAGUAUCUCAUCCAACGAAGACCGGCUAAGGGCCUGUUGGCUAACCUCUGGGAACUCCCCAGCCUAGUAUUGCCGGCAUCCAACGACAGUAUUCUCAGGGCGCGGAGAGUGAAGGCUCAGAGGUUUUUCAUGGAUCACUUGGUGGUGUCGAACCGGGGGGACAAUGUUCCGAGCACCUGGGAGUAUCUGGGAGAGAUUGACAGUGUGCCAUGGUUGUUUUCUCAUCUCAAACUCACGAUGCAUAUCCAUGCUUUCGAGAUAGAAAAUGAGGUCACAGUGUUGGACGCGCAAAAACGAUGGGCGAAUCCUGACGAGAUCGAUGCAGAGUCCAUGGGCACAGGCAUGAGGAAGUGUUGGGCACUCGUAAAAAAAUAUUACGAAGGGGAGGCAAAGAAGGCAACAAGCACUGCCAUCAGCUAA